GCGGUGAUUUGCGCCUUGCCGACGCGGAUUCCGAGGUCACUCUUGCCGGAUGGGUCGGGGCGACGGCGCGACCACGGCGGCAUCAUAUUCCUGGACCUGCGAGACCGGUCCGGCGUGGUGCAGGUGGUCUUCAAUCCUGAGCUGGCGCCCGAGGCCACUCACAUCGCGGAGGAUCUGCGACAGGAAUGGGUGGUACAGGUCAAGGGAAAGGUGCAGCAGAGGCCGGAAGGCAGCGAAAACGAAGCUAUGCCGACGGGCGACAUCGAGGUUAUGGCCCAGUCGGUGGAGGUGCUGAACCAGUCUCUUACGCCUCCCUUCUACAUAACUGACGAUGCAAGCGCCGAUGAAAGCCUGCGCUUACGUUACCGUUAUCUCGACCUCCGGCGACCAUCCAUGCAGCAAAACCUCAUCCUCCGGCACAGGGUAGUCAAAUAUAUCCGCGAUUUUCUGGACGCCCGGGAAUUCCUCGAAAUCGAGACGCCCAUCCUGAUCAAGAGCACACCGGAGGGUGCCCGCGACUUCCUGGUGCCCAGCCGCCUGCACCCUGGGACUUUUUACGCAUUGCCUCAGUCUCCUCAGCAACUGAAGCAGCUGUUGAUGGUCUCGGGCGUGGAACGCUACUUCCAGAUAGCCCGGUGUUUCCGGGAUGAGGAUAUGCGGGCGGACCGCCAGCCCGAGUUCACCCAGCUGGACCUCGAAAUGAGCUUCGUGGACCAGGAGGAUGUGCUGGCACUGACCGAGGAGCUGUAUAUCGGGAUGAUCGAGACGGUGGCCCCGCACAAGAAGCUGCGGAAGCCCUUCCCGCGUUUGACCCAUGCUGAGGCAAUGGCGCGAUACGCCUCCGACAAGCCCGACUUGCGCUUCGGACUGGAAAUGACCGACGUAUCCGCGCUCGCCUCUGAAACCGGCUUCCGGGUAUUCCUCUCCACCGUCGAAUCUGGAGGAUGCAUCAAGGGAUUCGUCGCUCCCGGCCUGGCCAAGUACACAACCUCACAGGUCAGAGAACUGGACGCCUACGCCCGCGAAGCUGGUGCUGCCGGCCUCGCCCACGUCCGCUACCGCGGCAGCGAGCCGGUGCCGGAGCAGGGCGAGGAAGAUAUCCUGCAAUCCUCGGGCCUGCGAAUGCCGGCCGAGUGGCACGGACGGUUGGCGGCAGCCAUGGGGGCCGGCCCAGGAGAUAUGGUCCUGCUGAUGGCCGGACCGCCGGACCGCGUCAACGUUUGGCUCAACGCCAUGCGGAACCACGUGGCAGAACUGCUGGAACUGGCAGAUCCCGACGAGCUGAUCUUCGCCUUUGUGACCGACUUCCCACUUUUCGAAUGGAACGGGGAAGCGGGUCGCUGGGACUCAUCACACCACCCGUUCACAUCCCCUGCGGACGGCGAAAACGGACUGCUGGACGGCGACGACCUGGGUGCCAUCCGCUCCAAGGCAUAUGAUCUGGUAUGCAAUGGAUCGGAAUUGGCCAGUGGCAGCAUACGCAUCCACAACCGCGAGCUGCAGGAAAAGAUCUUCUCCAUACUCGGGUACAGCCGCGAAGAUGUGGGCGAGCGCUUCCGCCAAAUCCUUGAGGCCUUCGAGUACGGAGCGCCGCCCCAUGGGGGAAUCGCCCCAGGCAUUGACCGGCUGGUGGCCAUUCUCGCAGGGACGAACUCAAUCCGCGACGUCAUUGCCUUCCCAAAGACUCAGAGCGGCACCGACCUGCUAUUCAACUCGCCGGCAGAGGUGUCGCCUUCACAGCUGAAAGAACUGUCCAUCAGCACAAACCCAUAG